UUAAUCAGUUUUGAGGUUAAGUUGUGAUGAAAACUGAAAUAUUUUUGCACAGUAAUAUUUUCUUUUUAAUUACUUGCUCUACAAAUUAGCCUAAUGGCUUUUAUAUGGAACACAGAUUUACCGACAGAAAUUUUGGUGUUUUCUGUUGAUGCUAUUUUAAGCUAUUUUUUUUACAAAAGCUAUAAUAAGACUUCAACAUAUAUUCAGUGUUUACAGGAUGUGAUUUCAAAGGGUGAAAACAAAGAUGUGGAACAAAUUCAGACUGGCGAGAAAAGAUAUACUAUGGUCCAAGGUCCUGUGAAAUCAUUGGGAAAUAACAUCAUUAGUGUGUAUGCUCCCAACAUGUCUGGAGUGGUACAGAGAAUGAGCACCAAUGAGUAUGUGAUGACUCGCAAUUCCUCUGGUUACUGGAUGGACCAGUCUCGGCCUAUUCAUCAGUCCUACAACACUGUUCCGUUCGCCAUCGUCGUCGGCAGCAGCCUGAUAGAGGUGAAAGACGUGCUACUAGCAGACGAGCUUCACUUAGACACUGUGUACAGCAGGUACGACCCGAUGGUUCACUCUCUAGCAGCCAACAUGUGGAGCUUCUUCUCCGGAAUUCGACGUUACGGCCUCGAGACUACGGAGGAGAUGUUGAAAGAGGGAACGAUCGUCACAGGUAUCGGAGAGCUCGCAGUACUGGAGAACGGCACCAAAGCUCUGCUCCCACCGGGGAAAAACAAACCAUUCUUCAUCAUCACCCAGUCCGUAGCUACUAUCCUCAGUACAAUUAGGGACAAGAAGAUGCUUUACGGAGCUCUUCUAGUUAUCACUGGCACCUUGACAGCAGCGUCCAGUGCGCUACUGAUCCGUCGUUUGUGGAUCCAUCUGAAAAAGAAGAGGGAGUCUGCAGAUCUGCGCAGGCGACUGAGGGAGCGACGGCGAAACGCACGGACACACGGAGACAACAUACCUCAAGCUCUGCAAUGCAUCGUGUGUCAAGACAACCCCAGAGAGGUCAUCAUGUUGCCGUGUGGUCACCUAUGUGUGUGUGAAGACUGUAGUGCUCAGCUUGGAUCUACAUGUCCUGUAUGUAGAGCUCAUAUAGCCACUAGAGCUGCUGCGUUCCUUUCGUAGCCUUUUUUACCUGCUUCUAAAAAUGUCUUUGUGUUAUAUUUAUUUAUAAAGAGUUUAUUUACAACAGUGCAAUUUCUGUGGGUAUAGUUAUGUCAAAUGGUACUGAAGUAAACAUUUUUCUCACUCUA